AGUUCAAACCCAGGGCAGACAGUUCUCCGGCUAGCAGGAAAUCCCCUUCCUUGUUCCGCAGGGGAAGCUGCUGAUGUAUGCUAAAGCGAAGGAGGUGACAUGAUGCGCUCCGUCCCAGCCGCUGUUGUUACUAUCCUACUAGCCUGGAUUUACCCCAGCUGUGGGCUGUACUUCCACAUCGGAGAGACAGAGAAAAAAUGCUUCAUUGAGGAAAUUCCCGACGAGACCAUGGUCAUCGGAAAAUACCGGACCCAGCUUUGGGACAAGCAGACCGGUUCCUUCCUCCCCUCCACUCCUGGCCUCGGGAUGCACGUCGAGAUCAAGGAUCCAGACACGAAGAUCAUCUUGUCCCGUCAGUACGGCUCCGAGGGCCGCUUCACGUUCACCUCCCACACUCCUGGAGAGCAUCAGAUCUGCCUGCACUCCAACUCCACCAAGAUGGCUCUGUUCGCUGGAGGGAAGCUGAGAGUCCAUUUGGAGAUCCAGGUCGGAGAACACACCAACAACUACCCUGAGAUCGCAGCGAAAGAUAAGCUGACCGAGCUGCAGCUGAGAGUGCGACAGCUGCUGGACCAGGUGGAGCAGAUCCAGAAGGAGCAGAGCUACCAAAGGUACCGGGAGGAGAGGUUCCGCAUGACGAGCGAGAGCACCAACCAGCGCGUCCUCUGGUGGUCCAUCGCUCAGACCUUCAUCCUCAUCGUCACCGGGAUCUGGCAGAUGAGGCACCUGAAAAGCUUCUUUGAAGCCAAAAAACUGGUUUAGCACGUUCCGGGAGACGAGAGAAACAUGGUGGACUAAAAGGAGGAGCAGACCCGGUCGGCAGCCGUAUCUGGUACCAGUAGAUCCACACACCAGUCCUGGGAAGCUUUUCGGUUUUACUUCUUGACGUUUUCAGUUUUCUGCAGAAGCGCCGCAUCCCAGCUAUAUUUCCACUCAUGUUUAGGUUUUUUUUUUUUUUUUUGGACCACACUGGACAUUUUUUUGUUCUUUUUGUGGGUCUUUACACUAAAGGAUUUCUGUGAAAGACGUAGAAUGUUAAAACUGUUACAUGAAAAUAACUUAAGUUUGGUUGUUUAGUUUUUGUUGCUGUUUUGUAACAACCUUCAGUUGUGUUCAACCUGAUUUCCAACGUGUCCAAAUAUUAUCCUGAUACAUGAACAGUUGGUUCGCAAUUUCAGGACGUUUUCAUCUCUGUCGUUAAUAUUUCUUUAAGAUAGGAAACGUCAGAGCUUGACCUGUUGGAUAUGGUUUCCUGACAUGGAAAAUCAGUUCACCUUAAACAUCCUGCUGACAUCAGGGGCCAUGUGAGCUUUCAGAACACAGAGCUGAGAUUGUGGAACCAAA